AUGGCGCCUAUGUCGCAGGAGGACCUGGAAUGGUUCAAGUCGACUUUCCGCCCGAUCCCCAAGCCCGAGAUCCCCGAUGAUUCUAUCGACUAUUCUCUCUACUAUAUCCCUUCGAGCCCCGCCCCCGCCAUUAUCGAUGAGGUCGCAGAAACGCGCGCGCGACUGGUGGAGGUACAACGAACUUCUGCGGAAUUGGUGAAAGACCUGUUGAAGGACUACAUAUGGCAGCGCGAGGGAUUUCGAUUGGAGAUCACAAAAGAUGAUGGAGUGACCUCGUUGCAUGGACGCACGAACUUUGGCGAUUCGAUCGAGGAUGAAUGGGUCGUUGUGUACUUGCUCCGCGAAUUAACUAAGAAGCACAAGGAUGUCUGGGCGAAGGCUGUGGAUGGCGACGGCCAGUUUCUUCUCGUGGAGGCUGCCGCCACAUUACCGGCUUGGUUGGAGCCUGAAGUCGCCGAUAACAGAGUGUGGAUAAACCAGGGACAACUUGUCAUCAUUAAGCCGAAGAACGAUAAGGGGAGAGUGACGGAAAAAAUAUCUCUGGAGGACGCGAGGCACAUUAUAACAAAGGAGCCGGAACGUCUGAUGCGCUCGACUAUGGUUCAGGAGGAGGCGUUUUAUCGCUUGCGCAACUAUCCUAAGCAGAUUAACGAAAACCUCCACUCCGCUCUGGUGACCAUCCCGCGCAAGGUCGCCUUUUUGCUGCACCAGAAGCCCGCAUAUAUCUCGGCCGCUGUGGAAGCUUUCUAUUUACGAGACCCUAUUGCCCUCCGGCCCCUGCGAUCCAAGGAUGUCGACAACUUUACCUUCAAACCCGAGGACUUCGUCACCGUCAGCGUCCGCUUCACUCGGGUCGGAUAUGCGCAACUCAAGAGUCAGGACUUCCCCGUCCCGAAGGCGUGGGCCGAACAACUGCCCUCCACGGAUGACCGGAAAUUGUACGAUCGGGCAGAGAUUGGCAUGAAGCUUUCUUGCGGGUUUGAGAUGCUUAUUACGGAUCCCCAGAAUCAAGACAAGUCAGCUGUGAGGGAGAUGAAGCUGGUUCUGGAAGACUUGGAAACCGGGGACGAGCAGCUACCGACGGAUAAGGACAUUGAAACAUGGGAUAAACGCGAGGAUGACGAAAAGUGGCUGGAUAUCAGUUUCGAAGACCUGGAUCGAGAGCUGAAGGGCAAGGGCAAAGACAAGGAGGGUGAAGCCCCUUCUGAAGGAGCGUUUGGGGAUGCGAACGCCCAGGAGAACCUGCAGCGCAUCGUGGCUCAAUUCGAAAAGUUUUUGAACGAUGAUUCAGCUGGCUUUGAAGGAGCGGAAUUUAUUGACGACUAUGAUUCGGACUCUGACGAGGACGACGACGACGAGGAGGAAGGUAGUAGCGACGGUGAGGAUAAAGAGGCCUCGUUCGACGAAGAGGAAUUCUCCAGGAUGAUGAAAGAGAUGAUGGGAAUGCCGUCAGGGAUGCCGUCAAGGUCCGGCCUCCAGGGACCGCCCCUACCUUCAGCGUCGCGUAACAGAGUACAAGAAUUGGACAGUGAAUCCGAGGAUGACACAGAGCAGAUCCAGGAGCUGUCGAAGCAAAUGGAGGCGGAGCUGCGAGGCACAGGCGUUCUCAAUCUCAAUCGCAAGGGUAAUAAUGCUAGUGGCAAACAGGCCCUGGCCGAAAGGUCAGAUGAGGGCAAAGACGAGGAUGUUCUGGAUUUUGAGGAUGAGGAUAUCGAUGUCAACUUUGCGAAGAAUUUGCUUGAAAGCCUCCAGGGCCAGGCUGGCACCGCAGGCCCGGCAGGGAACAUGCUUUCGAUGAUGGGCCUGCCCAUUCCGAAAGACGAUCGUCACCGCUGAAACAGCUACACCGUGAAGAUAGUCAACAAAAAUGGCAGUCGGCUCUGACAGUCGAAAGGCUGUUCUGUCUAGAAUGACAGAUCUUCAGUCUGCUUGUCCUCCCACGGGCUUGCAUAUCGCCCUCCCCCAUUCUCUUAAGGCAGUCAGCCCAGGAAUGUCAGGUUUGGCACUCUUUGAAGGUUCAAGGACGCUCGCUGUAUAUGGGGGUCCGGUCUGCGAUUGUGCGAUGAUCAUGGGCACUGGAGCGUACCUCGCCCAAUACCUCAGCACUGGGUUAAAUGAGAACGGAGCUGUGAAGGGGAGGGGGGAACCGAGGGCGACAGUCCCGUCUUCUUGGGAAAUAGUUGCGCACCAUCUUGUGGCCGAUGGCCUUCUCUCUCUAUCAGCAUUGGAUGGCAUAAAUGCUGGAACCAUGUUUAACUGGCUGGCUCCGGUGGCAAAC